ACUCGGAACACGCUCUGCGAUUGCCAUCUGGUCGUCACGGACGAGCCGCUUUAAUCAGCAGCAGGAGCAGCUUUUUUCCACCCACAAAAGGACGGAGUAGAAAUUCAGAUGAGUUUUCAAGUGCGGGAUUGCGCAAUUGUGAAUGGGAUGGAUUAGAGCCCAGUCGUAUGGGUUUGAGCCCCAGCCCCUGAUUUUAGAAUCUGCUUGCCUUUGUUAGACAGCCUGUUGGGGUGUUUCGGUGGCGACGAACAGGAAGUGAUGGUGACGGUUAGGCGAUUGUUGGGAGUUGUAGCUGCUUCCGCAAUUUCUGUGACAGCUGCGACGUCGUAUACUGGGACUACGCCCUAUGCCUAUCCUAUCACAUGGAACCCUCAGCUCGCUAGUUCCAAAUUGAGGCUCAAUGAUUCAAUUGGUCCUGUAGCAGACGUUUUUUCUGCUGGCAGGGGAUUCAUACGAUCAUCUCGCGCAGUUUACGCAUUUGCAGCAAACAGCUUGGAUUACAAGAUCUCUUUGAGGGGCUUCGACGAGAAAUCAGAUGCAUACUACGAUGCUCGAAAUAAGGUGCAUCUGCGAGCUGCUAAGAGACUACUAAGACUUUGUGAAAAAAACAGAGGUUUCUAUAUCAAAGCUGGACAAUCCGUUGCUUCAAUGCACCAAGUUCCGAAGGAGUUUGUUUCAACACUCUCCGUUCUCCAAGAUAAGGCAAGUUUCUGGUCGUUCAAGGAUUUGGAGGUGGUCUUUCUAGAGGAAUUUGGGAAAGACGUUAAAGAGCUGUUUGAAGCAUUUGAUGAGCAACCGAUUGCCGCCGCAUCGCUUGCACAAGUGCACCGAGGUUUUCUUAAAAAUGGUCAAGAAGUUGCUGUUAAGGUGCAAUAUCCAGGUUUGCAGAAACAGUUUGCAACCGACAUUGCCACAAUGGCAUUUCUCUCCAAGGCUCUUGCUUGGAUUUUCCCUGAUUAUCAAUUUGAGUGGCUAGUGGGAGAAUUUGAAAAGAAUGUAGUGAGAGAGCUCGAUUUUACUCAGGAAGCAGACAAUGCAGAUAGAACUGCUAAGAGCUUUGCCCACAACCGGAAUGUUCGUAUUCCACGUAUUUUCAGGGAAUUAUCAACAAAAAGGGUCCUGACCAUGGAGUUCAUGGAAGGGUGCAAGAUUGAUGAUAUCAAAAGUUUAGAGAAAGCAGGAGUUGACCCCAAGGAGGUGGCUUCUCUGUUGGCGGCCAUUUUUGCGGAGAUGAUAUUUUGCCAUGGGUUUGUGCACGGCGAUCCUCAUCCUGGAAAUCUUUUGGUGCACAGAGAUCCCUCCCGUUCAGGGAAACACAAUUUUGAUAUUGUUAUAUUAGACCACGGACUAUACAGAGAACUUGGCGAGAAAUUUCGUACCAACUACUGCCGGUUAUGGCGGGCUCUCAUCCUUCUUGAUGCGGAUGAAAUAUCAGAGACUGGCAGAAAUUUAGGAGCAGGACAGUAUGCUCGCUAUUUGCCUGUCAUAUUUACUGGUCGGGCCAUAUCAAGCAAGUCCUCAUUUGGUCAAUUAAUGACUCCGGAAGAAGCAAAGGUGUUGAAAGAGGACGUGAGACGUUUCACUAUGGGUGACGUGUCAGAAUGGUUGCAAGGUUUAGAUCGCGAGUUCCUCACUGUGCUACGAACAGAUAAUUUGGUGAGGUCGAUAGCUUAUAGAUUGGGGGCAACUCGCAAAACUUGUCUUAUGGCAUAUGUCAAGAAUGCUGUCAGUGGCUUGUCACUUGGACAUCCUGGGAGCCCAGACCUUUACGAGCAGGGGCUUCUAGCUUAUACAAAGGCAAAAUUUGAUUAUGCUAAUCUACGAAUACGUCUGGAGUUUUUUGAAUUUCUGAUUGCUGCAUACCAGUGGUACGGGGCGUUGUCUCGUUUAAAAGCCCGAAUUUACUGCAACUUGUCUUUAAAGCGUUUGAUGAACAUCUCAGUUAGUAGUUAGGAUUGGUCUGCUUUGAAACAGUGGUUCAAUCACUUCUGAUUCUUGCAUUAGAAUUGAAACUUUUACCCAUUUGUCACAAAAUAAUAAUUUAUGACGAAAUUGAUUAUUUCUAUUAUUUACUGUAA